GGUCGUGUGGUUGGUGACGUUCGUCUUUUAUCGUGCCUUAAUUAAUGGCCUUUUUCGUUCUCUCCGCGUCGCUGCUGGGGAACUAAUUCAAUAACGCUGCGUCGCCUAAUGGCUUCCAACGAUCUGGGAGGAACAAUUUUCCUUAAAAUGAAACAUUACACCGUACCGCUCUGUUUAGUGAUAUUGGUUUGCACGUACGAGGCGCUGGCCAGCAGUGACGGCACUCGCACGAAUGAUUUAUUCGCACAGGGCACCGAUAAUGCAACCACCUCUCGUUUAGAAUGUCCACCGGAAAGUACCUGCGUGCGGUUGCUCCAGUGCCCGGAUGUCGACCGAAUGGCCAUCGUUCGUUACCUUUCGCGGCCGCCACACCUUCGGCCUCCAACCGAGCGUCGUUGGGAAAGCUCUCACUGGCCCCGGUGUGCGCUAAUGAAUGGCGAAUUUGCUGGAAUUUGUUGUCGGAUGCAUCCGGUCAUCGAUAUGGCGGGCACCAUAAAGCCGUCCCUAUUGUCCACGCUCCCGUACCACGAGCAGGAGCAACUUUUGCGGCGUGCGGAAAAGAUGGCGUACCAUGAGCUGGAAACAUUUCUCACCCACGACGGGAGUGCGGAGGAAGACACGCCGGCCACCUUUCACGGCGAGUUGUCCUUGUCGGACACCGUGCUGUCAUCGGAGCUCGUGCGGCAAGGAUUGCAGGAUGUGCUGACCUGGCAGGCACUCAACAGCAUCUCAAACGGAUCGGCGAUAGAAUACUUUCAGCGACCAAAGCGCUGCCUGGUAGGUCCAGCCUGCGACAAAGGGCACUCGCGCUAUCGCCGCUUUGAUGGACGCUGCAACAACAUCGAACCGGGCGGCAGCCUCUGGGGGGCAGCCGGAUACCCGAUGGAGCGUUUGCUGCCGCCCGCGUACGGUGACGGUAUCUGGGCGCCACGGAUAGUCUCCCACACUGGCCGUUAUCUUCCAUCGGCUCGCAAACUGUCCUCCACGCUGUUUGCCGAUCUGCACCAUCCGCACGCUACGUGUAACGUACUGUUCAUGCAGUUUGGUCAAUUCUUGGCGCACGAUUUCUCGCGCAACAAGCCGAUCAAAACGAAGGCCAAAUGCUGCACGGAGGAUGGGACCGGGCGGGUGAAGGAUGCCUUUCCCGGCUGCAUGCCUAUUCCGGUGUCGAGUGGCGACGACUUUUACUCCCAGCACGGUGUACGCUGCUUGCACUUUAUGCGCUCGGCCGUGGCACCGACGCGGGACUGCCAUUCCGUCGGUCACGGGCGGCAGUUGUCCGCGGUAAGUCAUUUCAUCGAUGGUUCGGCCAUCUACGGCACCGACAGCAAGCAAUCGCACGGGCUCCGGGCGCUCGAAGGUGGCCGUUUGAAGUCACUGUUUCAUCGGCGCUUCCACAACGAGCUGCCACCGCUCGACCACACGAAGGACGCUUGUGAUCCGACGGCCGAAAUGUGCUUCCUGACGGGCGACGGACGAUCGAACCAGUUGAUCUCGCUGGUCGCGGUACACACGCUGUUCCUGCGGGAGCACAACCGGUUAGCCCGGCAGCUGCAGAAGCUCAAUCCACACUGGAGCGAUCGUACGCUGUUCCAGGAGGCGCGCCGCAUCGUCAUCGCUCAGCUGCAGCACAUUGCUUACGGUGAAUACUUGCCCAGGGUAGUUGGUCCACGGUACAUGUCGCUGUAUCGAUUACAUUUGCCCGUGCCCGGCACAUACAGUGAGUUCUACAAUCCGCACACCAACCCAUCGGUAUCGAGCGAGUUCACCGUCGCAGCAUUCCGGUUCGGUCACUCCACUGUACCCUCGAAGCUGGACCUGCAGGAUGGUCCAGUGGAAACGUGGCUUACCUUUCUCAAUCCCACGCGCUUCCGCGAGCGAACGUUCUACGACGAUCUGCUGUGGUCGCUGCAGCGUCAACCGAUGCAGAGCGUGGACGAGCUGUUUUCCACCAGCCUUACGCGUUUCCUGAACGUGAAGCCGGGCAAACAGCACGGUGUCGAUCUGGCCGCAAUCAACAUCCAGCGUGGCCGGGACCAUGCCGUUCGACCGUACAAUGACUAUCGCCGGUUAAGCGGCAGGCCCGGUGCCUACUCGUUCGAUGACUUUGGACCGGAAGUGGGAUCGAAGCUGCGCGCCCUGUAUCCGCACCCGGACGAUGUCGAUCUGUACGUGGGCGGAAUACUGGAACCGCCGGUGGAUGGUGGUGUUGUUGGGGACACGUUCGCUGAGCUGAUUGCGGAUCAGUUUGCGAAGUUUCAGCGCGGCGAUCGAUACUUUUACAGCAACGGGCCGGACACGAAUCCGGGACAUUUCACGGUGCCGCAGCUGAAGGAGAUUCAGCGCGUUACCUUGGCGUCGUUGAUCUGUGCCAAUGCGGGCGAUCCACACCAGAUGCGUGUGGUGCCGGAUGCAUUCGCCUUGCCGCAUGAGGACAACCGGCCGAUGGAUUGUACGGCACCGGAGAUUCCCAGACUGGAUCUGUCCUGGUGGAGGGAUUAGCUUAUAGCAAGUGUUUUUUUCUUUGUUAUAUUUUCUG